AUGCACACCCUUCCCUCUGGCAUACCAGCGUCCCCGCUCGCAUCGUCGACGCCAGCCCGAGACUCUGUGGGGUCCGAAAGUUCGUCCAGCCCCACUAUCUCCUCGGCAUCGAGUAUCAGCACAAACACCAGCUCGGCCGAGUUAGUACCUAGUAGAUUUGUAUCUCGCCCUAUAGACUCGCCAGUCCCAGCAGCCACCUUUCGCUUUGUUAGUGACAGAGGAAACAGUGUGCCCAAUCCUCCCGACAGCAUGCUGCACCUAUCAGAUCUCGGAGACAGUCUGCUCAACACUCUUGGUAGUAUCAUAUCUCAAAAUAAACACACCGCCAAGGUCUCCCUGGAUGACAUCGACUUCAACAACAUGGCACUUGGCAAAAACGUGAUACCCCUCGCAAAGGAUCAGCAAUUCGCCGUUAGAUAUCAAAACAGCGACCACCCCUCCUGCUCACAACUCCACCUCGAUCCUUGCAACAAGCUGCGUCUUCCCGUGUUGAAGAGAGACGCGUGCAUCCCUCCUGACGAGAGAUUUGAUUCGUGGUUUCGGACACUCCUGAGUAACCCGCCGACUAAACGGGUUGCAUACUACGUUGGUCCUCUUGAGGGAACAUUUGCUGAGCAUCUCCAGGAUCUUUUUCCGUCUGGGAACCGCGUGUCUGAAUUAAUCACCGAAUCAUCGAGCACAGAAGGCCACUUUCCAGGGGUUUCGUCCCUGUACGGCCACAUCGGGGAGGCAAUGUCUGGCACCGCUUUUCAUUGUGAGGACGCCAACUUACGAUCCUACAACUUGACCCUUAUUGGGUGGAAAACGUGGAUCUUAAUCGAACCUUCUCAUACUCUUGCGUUUAAGCAACUUAUCCGACGGCUGCACCCCCAUCCCAGUCAAUGCGACCAGUUCGUUCGACACAGCGCUCUUUUGAUACAUCCAGAUAAACUAAGGUCGGAAAAGAUAGCCUUCAGCGUUGUGCAUUCGGGCCCUGGAGAUCUGGUUCUGACACGGCCGCGCCAGUAUCAUGCAGUCAUAAACAGAACCGCCUCCUUUGCGAUAGCCACCAAUUUCGUGCUGGGUGACGAAGAUCCCAUACCUGAGCGCCUCUUGGUAUGUACGGAGGACGCUUUCUUUCACGUCAAGGACCACAGAAUACGCAGGCUAGGGUCCCGCAAUGCAUUUGAGGAACAGAACAAAGCCACUAUAGUGUCGGUGAAACGUCAUACGCAUACGAUACCAGAGAAACGGCUCUUCAAAGAUAUCUCUGCGGAGUCCUCGGAUAUUUUUCCAGUCAUCGCAACUUUAACGUCUUGGAUGCAAACCACCGGCCCGAUUCUUCGCCUAGUCUCUCUCGUCGGUAUUUGGCGUUGUAACGACUCUCUCCGCAAGUCCCUAUUACAGAUUCAGUCUCAGCACGGAAAUGAACUGCUUGAAGCUCUAUCCGGCCUCAGUAGUCAAACAUCUCGAUACUCACAUUUCCACUCGUUCUUGGAGACCCUUGUCAAUAUACGCUUUGUACGGUCGCUCCAAUCGCCAGGCAAGAAACGGAUUCCUCGCAAAUCCGUCGAAAGGGUUCUACGCGCGCGCAAGUUAGAUCUGACGCCGGAGACUCGAAAAUCCUUCCAGAACGAGCUCUCGCACUACCGUUCCUGGGCGGAUUUCUGCGGUGAAGCACCGGACUACACCUAUGAUGGCAUUCUCUGCCUUCUUCCUCUAGGGUUUUCAGAUCAAGUGGAAGUUAGGAGGAAUGAUAUACGCGACCUUACCAAGGCGGCGUAUCAAUCUUUUCACCUUAACCUUAAUACUCUACCAUAUUUUUCGGGCUUGUGCCAAAUCGGUCAAAGGUUUCAAAAUGCAAUUUUUGGUCUAACAGAUCUUAAAGAGCAGCCCUUCGAACAAGUACAGGAAGAAGACUUGAUGAGGUUACCCUUAGAAGAUCUACUUGCACUCUUGGGAUUGCCUCAGAACUAG